AUGGCUUCACAUUGCAGAAACGUGUUUUUGUUAAUUCUCACACUACCCAGUUUGAUACGGACAGCGAAGUCAAUGCAACGAAUCCGGAGCUGCUAUAGCCCUGUAAAUGGUUACAUUUUUUGUUCAUUUACCAUACAUGAUCAGUGGAACUUUUUGUACUUUAGAUCUUGGCUGGAUUCCGUGAAAAGUCCGGUAAAGCAUGUUGAGCUGAACCUCCAAUGCCUUGGGAGCGGCACCGUUUUCCUCCCGUGGCCCAUGAGAGCUCGUGGACUUAAAAAGUUUCAUAUGAAGAAUUGUAACAUAAAAGGUUACUUUUCCGAAUAUAAUAAAGACCCAAUAUAUCCGGAUACCCUUUCUGAUAUUUCAAUGAUUGACUGCACCAUAGAAACUGACGUUAAUUCAAACAUUCAAAGGACUUUGCUUACCCGGGUAUCAAAAUCCUACAACUGUGGACAGCAGACGGUCAGGAGUCACGUGAUGAGGAAUAUUUCGUUUUCCUUUCUACCUACCUCGUCCCCUCCCCCUCUUAACGUUCUAGACAGAGCGUUUUCAGCUAUGCGUCGACAAUCGAAAAAUCGUGAAAAUGCCUGUAACUAUCACAACUUACUCCAUCUGGAAGAAUCGAAGAGUGACAGUAUUUCUUCCAUUCAUUUUGAAGUUAUGACAGAUAUUUCAAAUUAUCCAAACCUGAGGACUUUCAAUUUUUCAUCAAAUCUUUUGACUCAUUUGCCAAAACAUCUUAGGCAAUGGCACAAACAUUUUCCAGCUUUAGAAAUUCUCGACUUGUCAAACAACCUUCUUCGGAGUUUUGCUUUCGAGAAGCCAAAGGUAUUUGGGCGUCGAAAAAUCUUUUUCGUGAAUCUUCAACAUAACAAAAUAGCUGAUGUACCUAGAAAUAUAGCUUCUUACAUCGAUGGACCAGUUCCUGUCAUCAUUGAUUUAAGAAAUAAUCCUAUAAAAUGUACUUACAAUACGUUUGAACUUGUGAAAUAUCUCAACAAAAUGAAAGAAGUGUUCCCCAUAUUAACUUUUCUGACAAACAUCAAGUGUACAUUAUCUACUAGAUCAAAGAAAUCAAAACUAGUGCACACUCGCAAUGAUACAGUAACUGUAAAUGACAGUAGAUCCAAACUUCUCCAACUGUUUAAUGUAUUUGGAUUUAAGUGAAAAUGGAACUCUGAUGACAGAUUUUAUUACAUGAAAAUAAAAUCUGCAAUACUUACAUAUGU